UACUGCACCUAUCCAAGAGCACCUGUACAAGAGCAGAUCACGUGCAUCAGUCGUCAUAGUGACGGCACUGUCAGAUACCUGAGUUGGGUGCUGGCGGGCAGACAGAGGAGAGCCGACCUGCUGGGGGGGUAGACUGGACGAACGCUGCAGAGGACACAGGGGACAGAGGCUUUUUAUUUUUCAUAAUGCCAAGAAAACGUGAUGCAACUUCAGCAGAUGAAGUUGGGGUCGAGAUAGAUGGAGAUUCGAAUGACAGUGAUGACGGUGUCACCCAAAGGAGAGCAAACAGAAGGCAGGCAGCUGGAAGAGGAGGUGCAAAGGGAAGAGGUCGAGGGAAAAAACCAACCAGCGAAGAUGAAGAUGAGGAUGAUGAUGAGGAGGAGAAUGAAGUUCCCAGGAAACGCAAGGGAGCGAACAAGAAGCCCACGAGGAAACGUGGCGGUGACGAUGAGGAUGACAGUGAGGAAGAGGCUCCCAAGAGGAAACGAGGAGGAGCAGCCAAUAAGAGAAAAGGAGGCAAAGCCCAGGACAGCGAUGAGGACAGCGACGUGGAGAAAGGAAAGAAGGGGAUGAAGGGAAAAGGAAAGAAAGGAAGGAAGGAGGAGGAGGAAGAGCAAAGUAAGGGUAAAAAGGCAGAUGCUAAAGGAAAGGACAAGGGGAAAGACAAGGACAAUGACAAGGACAAAAAGAAGAAAAAGAAGAAGGAUGAAAGUUCCUCUGAUUCCAGUUCAGAUUCUGAUGAGGAGGAGGAGGAGUCCAUGUCAGAGGGAGAGAUGGCUCGGUUGAUGGAGGAGGUGGAGGAGAAGAAGAAGCUAAUCGCUAACAUCAGGAACAAGCCAUGGAGAAUGAAGCGGAGGCUCACACACCUGAGGGAGGCUCAGGAAUUUGUGGAUAAGUUUGAAGGAGCUCUUGGCAAAGGAAAAGGCAGAAAGUGGUAUGCAUACAAAGUGAUGAUGACAAAGAAAUGGAUCAAGUUCCAGAGGGAUUUUGAGAAUUUCAGAACAGCCUGCAUACCCUGGGAGAGGAAAAUCAAAGAGGUGGAAAGUCACUUUGGGUCAUCUGUGGCGUCCUAUUUUAUCUUCCUGCGCUGGAUGUACGGCAUGAACCUGGUUCUCUUUGGUUUCACUUUUGGACUGGUCGUCAUCCCUGAGGUUCUGAUGGGCCUUCCCUAUGGAUCUAUUCCCAGAAAGACUGUACCCAGAGCAGAGCAGGCCACCGCUCAGGAUUACUCCGUCCUCAUGGACUUCAACGGUUACUGCAAAUAUUCAGUCCUGUUCUAUGGAUAUUACAACAACCAGAGGACCAUCGGCUUGCUGAAGUUCAGGCUGCCUCUGUCCUACCUCAUGGUUGGGAUCGGCACCUUCGGAUACAGCCUGAUGGUUGUGAUCCGCACAAUGGCCAAGAAUGCUGAUGUCGGUGGUGGAGACGGAGAGGAAGGAGAGUUCACGUUUGCAUGGAAGAUGUUCACCAGCUGGGAUUACCUCAUAGGUAACGCAGAAACCGCUGACAACAAGUAUGCCUCCAUCACAACCAGCUUCAAGGAGUCGAUUGUGGACGAGCAGGAGAACCAGAAGGAUGAGAACAUUCACCUGCGGAGGUUCCUCAGAGUUCUGGCUAACUUCCUGAUUACCUGCAGCCUCGGUGGCAGCGGAUACCUCAUCUACUUUGUGGUGAAGAGGUCUCAGGAGUUCGCCAGCAGGGAUGACCUCAGCUGGUAUGAGAAAAACGAGUUGGAGAUCAUCAUGUCUCUGCUGGGCCUGGUGUGUCCUCCUCUGUUUGAGACCAUUGCUGAGUUGGAGGACUACCAUCCUCGAAUCGCCCUCAAGUGGCAGCUCGGACGCAUCUUCGCCCUCUUCCUGGGAAACCUCUACACCUUUCUGUUCGCACUGUUUGACGAGGUCAACACCAAGCUGGAAGAAGAGCAGUCCAUUAAGAAUGCUUCCAUCUGGGCCAUGAAGGAGUACUACGCCAACUACUCACGUCUGGUCAACGACACCGAGGCCACCCCACCUCCCAUGAACCCUGCUGAUGUAAUCAGGGGACCCUGCUGGGAGACUGCUGUUGGCAUAGAGUUUGUGAAGCUGACGGUGUCAGACAUCCAGGUGUCCUACCUGACCAUCCUGAUCGGUGACUUUGCCAGAGCUGUCAUCGUUCGCUUCCUUAACUACUGCUGGUGCUGGGACCUGGAGGCUGGAUUUCCCUCAUAUGGAGAGUUUGACAUCAGUGGUAACGUACUUGGAUUGGUCUUCAAUCAAGGGAUGAUUUGGAUGGGUGCAUUUUAUGCUCCUGGUCUGGUGGGCAUCAACGUGCUCCGCCUCCUCAGCUCCAUGUACUAUCAGUGUUGGGCUGUGAUGGCCACCAACGUGCCCCAUGAGAGAGUCUUCAAGGCCUCUAAGUCCAACAACUUCUACAUGGGCCUACUGCUCCUCAUCCUCUUCCUCAGUCUGUUACCUGUCGUCUACACCAUCAUGACUCUGCCGCCUUCAUUUGACUGCGGGCCCUUCAGUGGGAAGGGGAAGAUGUUUGAUGUGAUCAUGGAGACCAUUGACCUGGACCUGCCGGCCUUCAUGGGCACGCUCUUCAGCUAUGCAGCCAACCCAGGCCUCAUCAUACCAGCUGUGCUGCUCAUGGUACUGGCCAUCUACUAUCUGAACUCAGUGUCUAAGGCUUACCAAAACUCCAACAUGGAGCUAAAGAAGAAGAUGCAGAUGGCUCGGGAUGAAGAGAAAAACCGGAGGAACAACAAGGACAGCACCAACCAAGUCAUGAAAGACUUGGAGGACCUGCUGCCGAACCGAUCCCUAAUCCCCCCUGCUCCUCCACCAGAGCCUGAAAAGACACCAGAGCCAGAAGCAAAGCCGACUAAGACGAAGCCUGGAUCAGCUGGUAAAGGGGUUAACCUGCAAAAAGAUGUGACUCUGGCAUCGCCCAACCCCAACGCUCGAGGACCAGUGAGCCGUCCGCCAGGGCCUAGAGGACCUGGGGCAACGCCGGGUCCCGGUCCUGGACCGGGUCGAGGCCGUGGGAGAGGGCCCCCUCCGAGAUAACAAUGUGAAAAAGAUCUUAUUCCUGCAGGCUGUGUUCAUCCCUCAGACAAUCUGUUCGUUCAUAGAUGGAGACAUAAACAGGGACAAGAAACAAGGCGUAGAGAUUGUGGCCUUCUUACUUACAAGGACCUUCAUUAGGUCCUUAUAUUUCCUUUAAUGAUAUAAACAUUUCAAGGUUGAACAAAGGUCAUGUUUGAAAAUUAGAGUUGUAUAAACUGUAACCCAUAACACAGGAUUGCAACACAGUGUGCUCAAAACCUGAUUUUUGUCUUGAUUCAUAAAGGAAAACCAUGUUGUUGAUCCAUGUUGAUCCAUGGGUAAAGCUGGGCAGGCACGGCGUGUUUUCAUUCAUCUUGAACGUUCUUUUAAUUAUUCUUAAUCUUUAAUAAUAGAAUCAUCUAUGUGUCAGGCUUUUUGUUUUCUCUUAACAUUUACAGUGACUUUUAUAGAACCCCAAAAAAGCUGAGGUGCUUUGUAAAACCUAAACAAAACAAAAUGUGAUAAUUUGGUAUUCAAAUAUACCCAGUACAUACAAAGACAAUAUAUAUAUCAUGUUUUAUCUCACUGAAAUCAUUGAUUUUUGUAAAUAUAUGCUUAUUCUGAAUUUUUUGGCACAAGUCAGGACAGGAGCAGCUAAAGACUCGGAAGGUCUUGUAUUGACCAUUAAAACACCUGUCUGCAACACUCCACAGGUGAACAGCCUCACUGGUAACAGGUGAUAUCGUGAUUGGGUGUGACAGGAGCAUCCUCGAAACGCU